GGGCUGGAUUGCAGCGCUGUCUUUCCUUAUGAAGAAGACACAAACUUGGAUUAUCACUUGCUUUUAUCUUCAACUGCUCCUACUUAAUCCUCUUGUCAAAGCCCAAAGUCCCUGUGGGAAUCCAGUGACAGAUGAUGUGAAUGACAUUACAAAACUGGUUGGAAAUCUUCCAAAUGAUUAUAUGAUAACCCUUAGGUAUGUUCAGAAGAUGGACACUCUGCCUAAUCACUGUUGGUUGCAUUUGAUGGUGCCUGAGUUUUCAAAGAGUCUGCAUAAUCUUCUGCAAAAAUUUUCAGAUAUGUCUGAUGUUUUAAGUAACUAUUCAAUCAUCAAUAAUCUCACGAGGAUAAUCAAUGAUAUUAUGUCAUGUCUAGAUUCUGAGAAAAAUAAGAAUUUUAGAAAAGAAAAUGUUCAUCUUUAUGAAGAAGGCAGGUUCAUUCCUGAAGAAUUCUUCAGGCGCUUUAAUAGAACCAUUGACGCCUACAAGGAUUUUGCAGAAAAAUCAGAUCAUAGUGACUGUGUUCUGCCAUCAACAACAGAAACACCAGAGAACAAUCCAAGAGUCAGUGUAACAAAUCCAUUGUUGUUACCUCCUGUUGCUGCCAGUUCCCUUAAGAAUGACAGCAGUGACAGUAACAAAGAGGCACUCGACUUCAUUAGCAGCCCCACCCUGAAAGUAAUAAGCAUAGCACUGCCGUCAUUGUUUUCUCUUCUUAUUGGCUUUACUUUGGGAGCCAUCUGCUGGAAGAAAACACAUCGCACAUCCAGACCAGAAAGUGAUGAAACAACACAGUGUAAUAACUGUCAAGAGGAUAAUGAGAUAAGUAUGUUGCAGCAAAAAGAAAAAGAGCUCUUACAAGUGUAG